AUGCCUGGCAGAGUCGCCGCCCGUUCGACAUCUGCGACAACACGCCGAUCGUCGGCACAGCCUUCUGCGUCUGGGCGUGCUGGCUCCGUCACUCCGUCGUUUGCGAUCCCCGAAGAGCCCGCAGAGCCAUCAACCCCCACUCUACGUCGCGAUGUGUGCUUGAUUUUCGCAGACGCUCAGCGCUCUACUACAGGUCACCGCAAACUCGUAGUUCGCCUGCGCAAACUGCAAGAGAUCUGUUGUGGUAUUGCCCAAAGGAAGAAUGACAAGAAAAACAAAGACCAAGAGCCCGAGGAAGCGCUGGUUCCUGGCGAGGAAACAGCCGCUGAGAAGGAAUUCAACGUGGAGGUGGGUCGCUGCAUGCUCCGUAUUCUCACCAUUAAGAAGACUGAGCCUGCUGGUGACCGCAUCUUGCGCUUCCUGGGAACUUUCCUUGGUCAUGCUUCCGAGAAGGAUACCGAGAUGUUCGCUUCUGGAGAUGAUGAAGACCAGAACUCCGAAACCCCGACUGCGCGUUUGACUUCCAGUCUUGUUGCAUUGAUGGUACCCAUUCUUGGUGCAAAAGACAAGAUGGUCCGAUUUCGCGGAACCCAGAUUCUCGCUCACAUUGUCAAUUCCCUUGAAUCUAUUGACGACGAGCUGUAUCACACCAUCCGACAGGGCCUUUUGAGGCGUAUUCGGGAUAAGGAGGCUUCCGUCCGUGUGCAGGCAGUCCUUGGAUUGGGCCGUCUGGCAGGAGAUGACGGAGAGGACGAUGGAAACGAUGACAACUCCACUGCGCUUCUUGAAAAACUGAUCGAAAUCAUGCAAAACGAUACCAGCUCCGAUGUUCGCAAGACCCUGCUCACUAAUCUUCCUCUCGCACCUGUCACACUUCCAUACCUUCUCGAGCGUGCCCGUGAUCUCGAUGCUCCUACUAGGCGCGCGCUUUACUCCCGCCUUCUCCCCACAUUAGGCGAUUUCCGCCACCUUUCCCUAUCUAUGCGAGAGAAGCUUCUUCGCUGGGGCCUGCGUGACCGUGAUGAAAGCGUUCGCAAGGCUACUGGAAAAUUGUUCUACGAUCGAUGGGUCGAGGAUUGUGCUGGUACCAACAACGACCCGAAUGAGGGACCUACUGGUCAACGGUCUGAGCCUAACACCAUUGCUCUCCUCGAGCUCUUGGAGAGAAUAGACGUCAUUAACUCUGGAAUGGAAAGUGGAAUUGCUCAUGAGGCAAUGCGAAGCUUCUGGGAAGGUCGUGCGGAUUACCGUGAGGCAGUUGUCUUUGACGAGCCUUUCUGGGAAAACCUGAACGGGGAAUCCGCAUUCUUGCUUCGCUCGUUCAAUGACUUUUGCCGCGUGGAAAAUGACGGCAAGUAUGAAAAUCUUGCCGAUGACAAGAUGCCUGAGGUCACCGCUAUGGCUUAUUUCCUGGGAAAGUACCUCACAAAUCUCUUGGAGCGCAAGAAAAUUUCCAAGGAAAGUGGCGAAGCGAACGAUGAGGACGCGGUUGAGCAUGAGUUUGUUGUGGAGCAACUGCUGCAUAUCGCCAUCACCUUAGACUACAGCGACGAGGUUGGCCGACGAAAGAUGUUCUCCCUGCUGCGGGAAACCCUGGCUGUGCCAGAACUCCCGGAGGAGAGUACCAAGCUUGUCGUUGAAACUCUCCGGUGCGUCUGUGGACCUGAUGUUGCUGGUGAAGCCGAGUUCUGUAGCGUUGUUUUGGAGGCCAUUGCCGAAGUCCAUGAUACUAUCACCACCGAGGACAGCUUUGUCUCUGCCCGGUCUGAGAUCAGUGACGAUGCUAGCAGCCGCCAGAACUCCGAGGCCCCUGGUGCAGAGGAACCCACGCCCUUCAAUAAGGAAGAAGCGAAGGCGAAGAUUGUUCGCGAGAUCGUAGUCAACAUGAAGUGUCUUUAUAUUGCCCAGUGUAUGCUGCAGAAUGUGCAGGGCAAUCUUCAACAGAGUAUGAACUUGGUUACCAUGCUUAACAACCUUGUGGUACCUGCUGUUCGCAGCCACGAGGCUCCUAUUCGUGAGCGCGGUCUAUUGUGCUUGGGACUUUGCUGUCUCCUUGACAAGAACCUUGCCGAAGAAAACAUGACUCUCUUCAUUCAUUGCUACAGCAAGGGUCAUGAGGCAUUGCAGGUUACUGCUUUGCAAAUUCUCUGUGAUAUGAUUACGACACAUCCUUCAUUACUUGCUCCCAUCACCCAGGCCGAUGGCGAGACAGUGACACCGCCCCCUAUGCAGAAACCAUUACUGAAGGUCUUCGCACGAGCUCUGCGUGCCAAUUCCCCUAACAGUGUGCAGUCGGGAGCCGCAUCCGCUCUCUCAAAGCUACUACUCACUAGUGCAUUCACUCCAGCGGGACCGAAUAUCCCACCGGCAAUCCAGGAGCACAACCAAAAUGCUGUUGAGAGUUUAUUGCUGUCAUUGGUUGUUUCCUUUUUCCACCCACGCACUCGGGAAAACCCAGCACUUCGACAGUCCUUGGCUUACUUCUUCCCCGUCUACUGCCAUUCCCGGGUGGAAAACACACAGCACAUGCGCCGGGUUGCUGUGCCGGUGAUCCGCGCUGUCAUGAAUGCUGCAGAGGAGUACUACUCGCUAGAGGCCGAGGAGGACAGUGAUGGUGAGGUUGAUGCCAGCGUUGGUGAGCGCGAAGUCAAGGCACUUAUGACUGGUGUCAUUGGAAUGCUAUCCGAAUGGACCGAUGAGCGUCGUGUUGUCGGUCUUGGCGGUGAAAAGAUUCUGGCUGGUGGUACCGCAAGCUCCAAUGUAUGUGGAUGGGUGCACCUUGCCUUGGUCAAGGAUAUCCUCGAGCGAGUUCUUGGCAUCAAUGCUGGGGCCAACCGCUGCUCCCGUGAGGAACGCAAGCUUCUUUUCUCCCUCCUCAGCAAGCUUUACUUUGCUGCGCCUACAGUUCCCUCGCGGGCAGGCUCCCGGGCCCCCGAGGGCGAUGACCAAUUCCGAACUAGCAUUCGUAGUGCUACCGGUCUUGAAAUUGCCCCGGAAAAUAAUGAGCUUGCUCUCGAGGUCAAGGAGCUAUUGGAUCAAACCAUUGACGAGGGUCUUGCGGGCGAGGCUUCCAGCCGGAACGCCCUUACCAAGGCUAAGAAUUCCAUCUUAAAGAUCCUCGCAGUUGCACAGGAUUCCCGUGCUGCUAGUGCUAGACCUAGAGAAGGCACUGAAGACCCCGACAAUGAUGGAGCCAGUGUUCGCUCCGCCAGUGUCCGCCGGUCUGUGGAACCCACUGGUGGUAUCAGUCGCCGCUAUGUGUCUGUCGAGCCUAGCAUCAUGGAGGAGGACGAAGGCGAAGGUGAUAGCCGUUUUACGUCUGCCACUGCCAACCGCCCCAUUGUCUCCAUUGAGCCCAGCAUUAUGGAGCAGGAUGAAGAAGACGACCAUGACACCAGUCGGGGGACGAUUAUCAAGGAGGAGACAGGCGACGAGUAA